AUGGAGAAGUACUCUAUGAUCAAACAGAUUGGUAGUGGUUCAUAUGGCGAUGUGUUUCUAGUACGUAAUAAUGUGGAUAAGAAGCAAUACGUUCAAAAGAGGAUCUUCUUGAAGGAGGGCGAGAAACAGACCAAAGAGACGAUGCAAGAGGUUAGACUACUCUCUGAUCUACGUCAUCCAAACAUCGUUGAAUUCUACGAGUCCUUCCUCCAUGACAAACAACAUCUAUGCAUAAUAAUGGCCUUUUGUGAAGGUGGCGAUCUCUUCUCUACACUAAAGGCACGCAACAAAGAUCACUUGGAUGAACGUCAAGUACUUGAUUGGUUCGUACAGAUAUCAUUGGCAUUGUUGUAUAUGCAUCAGAAGAAGGUUAUACAUAGGGAUCUAAAGACACAGAAUAUAUUCUUGACAAAGAGAGGCAUUGUAAAGUUGGGUGACUUUGGUAUAUCACGAGUACUGGACAGCUCAAUGGACAUGGCAAAGACAAUGAUCGGUACACCAUACUAUAUGAGUCCAGAGGUGUUUGAGAACAAAGCGUAUGACUUCAAGUCUGAUGUAUGGUCAUUGGGAUGCUGUCUGUAUGAGAUGUUGAUGUUGAAGCAUGCAUUCGAUGCAAAGGAGAUGCCAUCACUCAUAUACAAAGUACUCAAGGAUGAACCAAUACCAAUAUCCAAUCAUUACUCUGAGAAUAUACGUAACUUGGUAUCAUACCUCCUAGAGAAACAACCAAAUAGGAGACCAUCAAUGGCUGAGGUCUUCCAACUACCAUUCAUCAGACAACAUAUGCAGUACUCUCUAAAGACAAACUUUUCAAAGUAUGACCUUAUCAAGACGAUGACAAUGAUGAUGAUGGAGAAAGAGAGAGAGAGCAGUUCUAACACACACGGAACAUAG